GAAGACGGACACGAGCGGGGCGGGAGAACGGCCGGAACAGAGCGGGCACGGGCGGGGCGGGCGCAGCGCGGAGGCGGGCGGGGCUCUCUGGUUCUCCCCGGCCGUUCCGAGGCGCGAUGUGGCUGCCGGAGCCGCAGGCCGGCUCCAGCUCGCCGGACUGCCCUGACCUGCUGCAGCACGUCCAGGCGCUGCGCUCGCCGUCCACCCCCCUUUACCUCAGCUUCUUCGAGGAAGAGUGUCGCGCCAUCGCCGACCGCCUGCGCCUCGGGGCGGCCGCGGAGCCCUCGCCGGGCCCGGGAGAGCUCAGCGGGCUGCAGCCCACGCCCCCCGGACCCGCCACCUCCACGCCGCUGCCCUUACCGGGCCACGGGCGGGUCCCAGACUCGAGCGCGGGCGAUUGCGAGGCCGCUGCUGCCCCUGGCCCUGGCCCGGCUCCAGGGGAGUCCGGGUGCCUCCCGCAGCCCGCGGCGGGCGGUGGUCCCGGCGCCCGGCCCGCUCUGUCCCGGCGGGCGCGGCGCGGUCCCGGAGAGCCCUCCGGCCGCGGCCCCGGCACCCCUGCCCGCUCCCCGGGCCGCGGCCGCACCAGGCUCGCUCUCCCCCGCACACGGGCCUCGCUGGGACUGCAGCUCCCCGCGGCCGGCACGGGGCGAGGCGCCUGGGAAACGCGGCUCCUCCGGCCCCCAGGGACCAGGCUGAAGCUGACGUCGCCUGCCAGGUCCAGGCUUCAACGUGCCAGCGGGGUUUCACAGCGGGCACAGCCUUCCAGCCUUCCCAAACUCGUCCCCCGAAGCGGAGGGAUGAAAAGUAAUGCUGCACCUGCCAGUUGCGUCGCGCGAAGCAGGGAAGCACCUGCUGCCAAGGUUGGGAGUCGUAAACAGCCCUCCUCAAGGCUUUCUACAGAAAUUCCUACUGUGGCUUCCCGCUCCUCACUGCGGCCUCCAGAAAAAGUGAUUUCGUCCAAGCAUUUUUGCCUCAAUAAAGAAUCAACUACAGAGGAUCUGGUGUUCAAUAGGACCCGAGAGCUGAAGGAAAAUGAGAACAAAGAAAGGCUGAUUGCAGCAAGCAUUGUCUUGGGAGCAGGUAGAAAUGACCAGACAUGGGAGUGUGUGGAGUCCUCUUUGUCCAGUGAGUUGGCCCCUGGCCUGACUACAGGGUGUGAAGAUGCAGUUCCUGCUGAGCAGGUAAGGGCCAGCUGUGUCCUGUCACCAUGGAGCACUGUUCAGUCUCUGGCUUCGGCCAGCUAUGCCAGAGGUAGGAGAUUAUGAGAGCCGGACCUGCCAAUUUCUGGCUGGCACUUGAGCUGUUUCAGCCUUUCUCUGGGGUUUACACAAGACCAUGGGCAUUUUUUGCAUGGCUUUACCACCUCUCCAUGCUCAGAGGACUGCAGGCUUCUGUCCAGCUAGAUUUUCUAACGGCCUUUUGAAACAUGCAAACUUCAUGUGGCUUGUACUGUCACUUUUAUACGUCCUGACAUGUAGGACAUGGCCCCAGGAUGGGGUGUGCAGAGCCUGCAAGAUGAAUCUCCAAAUUAGGAAAUCUCUUACCUGCAAAAUAAGUUUGUGCAUUUUCCAGCAGUUUUAGGGCUCUUCACUCUGUGGCUGCAGCCAGCCAAAGGCAUUCUUGUU